AUGGCAGUGCUCAAGAGCGUUGCACCCAUUGUGGUGAUGGUCUGGAUGAUGGCCAUGGUCCACGUGGCACGGGCUGCCACGGUAUCGGAUGUUAUCGGAUCGAUCCCAAAAUGCGCUCUGCCAUGCGUCGUCUCGAAUCUCCAAAGCGCGGCGUGUCCAUUGACGGAUAUCACCCUGCUGAGCGAUUGUGUAUGCAGAAACACGACCUUGUUAUCCGGCGUUUCUGUAUGCACGCAGACCUCGUGCCCAUUUAGUGAUCAAAUUCUUGCAAGUCAAGCCGCCAAUAACCUCUGCGAAGCCUAUCCCAAGGAAUCGAGAACACGCGAUGUACAAAUCGCCUCCAUCGUGACGUUAGCUUUGGCGCUGCCUACAGUUCUGGCCAGGUGCGCUGCAAGGCUGCAGUUCACAAAGAAGUUGUGGCUCGAUGACUGGACUGCACUGCUUGGGAUGCUCCUCCUCACAGCCUUGGCAGUGAUCGAAUACAUCAGUUCUCGAAUGGGCUUUGGGCUCCACUACUGGAAUAUACGAGUUGGCGAUGGCGAGGAGCUACUUCGCCUCUUUUACGUCGCACAGCUACUAUACAUAUCGAUUCAAGUGUCAGCCAAAGUCUCUAUCGCCUGUCUAUUCAUGCGUCUCUUUCCGGCCCGCUGGAUGCAACUGACAGUCAAGAUAUUCAUGGCGUUCAUGAUAGGUCAUGGCCUUAUCUUCAUGGCCGUGAUCAUCUUCCAAUGCUGGCCAAUCUACUCUAUCUGGGACAAGACUGUCACUGGCCACUGUGUCAAUGUGACCGUCGUGGGUUUCGUUGGCGCUGUGAUCAGUAUCGUUGAGGAUAUUGUCCUUAUCUUGCUACCCAUUGCAGAACUACGAAAGCUUCAGAUCACCACGCGGCAGCGCAUGGUUGUGUUUUUCCUCUUCGCCAUAGCGUCGUUUGCAGCAGUCACCAGUAUGAUUAGGUUGAAAUACCUCGUCAUGUUUGCAAAUACUUUCGAUGCAACGUGGGAUAAUGUGGAUGUCAUCGUCUGGUCUUUGAUCGAACUCCUCACGGCGGUAUUCCUCGGCAGCUUACCCCCGCUGCGGCCAUGGGUCAAUAAAAUCAUUCCCAAAGUUACCGGCAGCUGGAGCAGAACCCGCAGCAGCAAGUCUGGGAGCCGGUUCCCUCCAAGUGGGAACGGUGCAAGCAUCGAUCAAGAUUUCAAAUCGAGCCACAUCCGUUCCGGGACUACAACUACCAUCACCUCGCCUACGUCUACGUCCACGCACUUCAGUGACCACAAGACCCCAUCGGCCUCCUACGCGUUGUCUGCGCUCUCGUCACUGCGUCCUGCUGACCGCUGGAAGGCGUUACCGGAAACGCCUCUAGCGAUGCCAGCCUCAGUCUUUCGAAAAUCCGGUGGUGGAUCCUCAUAG